AGAGCUCUCGCCUUUUCUCGCAUGUUCACGCAAGAGAAAGCUUAUCUUCGGUUUUCAUGAUGGCGAGACCUCUGGAUUACAGUCGGUGGGAUCACAUUGAGGUAUCAGAUGAUGAAGAUGAGACCCACCCUAACGUGGACACCCAGAGUCUGUUCAGAUGGCGUCACCAGGCCAGGGUGGAGCGUAUGGAGGAACAGAAGAAAGAGAGACAGGACUUCGAAAGGGGCUCACUGGAUAACAAAAAGAAGCUAGAAGAAACCAGGAAGAAGCUGGAAGACCUGUCAGCUUGUGCAGAGGCGGAGACAAAAGAACAGGUUGAAGCCCAGGUGUUGAAGCUACAGAUGGAGAUGAGUGAGCUGAAGAAACAGGAGAAAGAGUGGAAACAGAAGGAGGAAGAACUCACUAAGAAGGAAAAGCUGACACCCUGGAAUGUGGACACCCUCAGUAAAGACAAGUGGGAGAAAACAGUCAUAAAUAAGAAACCUGCCAAGAAGGCAGAAGCUACAGAGGAGGAGAAGGAGGAGAUGCAGAGAACGUUUGUGGAGAAGAAUGAGAAGCUGUGUAAGAAGUUUGGGAUGUUUAAGAAGUACGAUGACUCCAUGCAGUUCCUUACUGACCACCCAGAGCUGGUGUGUGAUGAGUGUGCUAACUACCUGGCCAUCUGGUGUAUCAACCUGCAGGUAGAGGAGAAAACUGCCCUGAUGGACCAAGUCGCCCACCAGACUAUUAUCAUGCAGUACAUCCUGGAGUUAGCCAAGAGCCUGGACGCAGACCCCAGGGCGUGUGUCAAGCCUUUCUUCUCAAGAAUCAAAACAGCAGACAAGCAGUAUACAGAUGCUUUCAACGAUGAGCUUGACUCCUUCAAAACCAGAGUGAGAGGCCGUGCAGAGGCACGCAUUGAGAGAGCAAUGAAGGAAGCGGAAGAGGAGGAGAGACAGAAGAGAUUGGGACCAGGAGGCCUGGAUCCUGUUGAAGUCUUUGAGUCCCUUCCACAGGUGUUGAAAGACUGUUUUGAGAAGCAGGACAUCCCCAUGUUACAGAAGGCCAUCACUGAACUGCCUGAAGAGGAUGCCAGAUACCACAUGAAGCGAUGUGUAGAUUCAGGCCUGUGGGUGCCAAACGCAAACGACAACAAACCAACGGAAGAAAAACCAGCAGAAGAGGAAGAAGAGGUGUACGAAAAAGUCCCUGAUGAUGACGUAGACUAAAGUUUAAAAACCUAGUGGAAUUGUUACAAUGAGAUGUAGAGUUAAAACGUGUGUGGUCACUACCACCUUCGAGGUAUAGAUUGUUUAUUUUGUAAGAAGUGUGAAAGAGGUACAUGUAUGUGUAUAGGUCACUCUCUCUGAUACAAGCCUACAUGUAAGUACAAUAUGUACAAGUACUUAAACUGUCUGCUUAUUAUUGAAUUGUAAACAUAAACAAAACAGGUUAUAGGGCAGAUGUAACCUCCUUGGUAACAGUAAGAAAUCUAGAUGUAUUACAUUAGUUUUAUAGAUUACAGUAUAAUGCAUAUAUGGAAAAUGUUGCUCUGAAUAGAUUAAUGUACAUGUAGUUGACGAUUGUCACAAAAACAAGGGUCGUUUCAAUAGUACAUCACUGUAAAAUUUGACUGCUAGAAGGUAUACAUUUGUUUAGAUUAAUAGAAACUAGAAUCGUUUUCCCCGUAUUGAGAAUUCUGUAUACAAAGAAUUAAACAGAACGCCGUUACAUGUAUUUUAAGUUUUUUUGAUAAAUGCUGUAGUUGACAUGGGGUACAGUUUGGUUGUGACGUUAUAGGUAAGUUGUCAAUGUCGUUAAGCAAUUAUUCUUUCGUAACUUGCAGACAAAUAAAACAUACUUAAACAUGUAGUUUAAGUUGUCAAUGGA